AUGAGGGUUGGUUCAUCAGGAUCUCGACAAGGAACAACGGGAAGACUUCAACGAUUCUCGCAAAGCUCUAUUAGGGCAAAUCCGUCACCUCUUACAUCAGCAAAUGCGCCUGGCGGAGCUCCUCUGGCCAGCGCUGAUCCGAUGUCGGGAAGUCGUCACGUGAAACAUCGCUUUGAAAUCGUGAAGAAGCUCGGAUCAGGAACUUAUGGAAAAGUUUCUCUUGCUUACGAUCACAAAAUGGAUAGAGAAGUGGCCGUAAAAUUGAUCAAGAAAAGCGCCAUCGAGAACAAAGCGGAUUUGGUGCGAAUUCGGCGAGAAAUCCGAAUCAUGAGUGCCCUUAAUCACCCGAAUAUCAUUCAAAUCUACGAAGUUUUUGAAAACAAAGAAAAGAUUAUUCUUGUGAUGGAAUAUGCGAGUGGAGGCGAAUUGUAUGAUUUCGUUUCGGGAAAAGGCUCACUCGCUGAAGCGGAAGCGAGAAGAAUCUUUCGACAAAUCACUUCAGCUGUUCUUUAUUGUCAUAAGCAUCAAGUCGCUCAUCGUGAUCUCAAAUUGGAGAACAUUCUCCUUGACGAGCAAAGCAACGCAAAAAUCGCGGAUUUCGGUCUUUCGAAUUAUUUUUCGGACAAAAAUUUACUGACAACUUUUUGUGGUUCACCUCUUUACGCAUCACCGGAAAUUAUUAAUGGAACUCCGUACAAAGGACCGGAGGUCGAUUGCUGGUCACUGGGAAUCCUUUUGUACACUCUCGUUUACGGGUCAAUGCCUUUCGAUGGACGGGAUUUCAAUCGAAUGGUUCGACAAAUUAAAAGAGGCGCAUAUUAUGAGCCGGAGACGCCGUCAACCGCAUCGAUGUUGGUUCGCAACAUGUUGAGAGUGAAUCCGGAAAGACGAGCGACCAUCUUCGACAUCGCCUCGCAUUGGUGGCUGAACUUGGAUGAGAAUAUGCCCGUCAUUCAGGAGUUGCCCGAGAAUCAAAUCACCGAUCACACUCCAUUAACGGAAAGAGCCGAAACAAUGGUCGUUCAAGAUUUAGCUGACGAAACAGACGUUUUCAUGGAAUUCAGUCAUCUCUCGAAUGAGACAAGAAAGAAAAUCGAGGAAUUCCGACGAAGAAGAAAAGAAGCAGAAGAAUAUAAUGAGAAUUGUCCGGUUAAACCGCCAAAGAGUCGAAAAACGGAGAAUGGAACAGCUGUUGGGGAAGAGAUGAGAGCGGAAGAGAAGAGUUUGAGAGGGAAAACCGAAAAAGAAGUGGAAAAGUUUGACGGAGUGGAGAUGGAUCCAUUGGAAAGAUUGAGACAAAUCGAGAAUAAAUUAUCGGAAAGAACAUCAAGAAGAAUAUCCAAUGCGACAAAAGUGGAAGAGGUGGAGGAGACGAAGAGUACGACAAGGAGAGACUCAUGGAAAGCAGCUCCACAAUUCGUCGGCAGAGACACAUCGCCUGUCGCUUCAUCAACCGGCGCAAAUCGGACCCCAUCUGGGUGGAGGGUUGAGACUGACUCGCUAAAUGUUUUGAUGAAUCAAGUUCUUGAGCAAAUGGAGAAAGGACCAGUGAGUCUGAAUCUGGUGGCACGAAUCAAGGCUCAUCCUUUGUACGAUGUGAGGCCAAUGGUGAAAGAGUUAUUGGAGUCGAUUAUGGCCACACAAUCGGAGACUGUACAGAUACAAACGAGCAAGAUUGCCGCACAGAAAAGCCAGGAUGUAGUGAGUGGGUCAUCAAGUCCGCUGAAAAGUCCUGUCAAGAAAGAGGCACCGAAAACGAAAGGCAAUCUCGAGCAGAGGCCGUGGAAUAGUGUGGAGGUCGGUUUUGAUGAGGAUGGUUUGGAGGCAGCUCAAGCGAGUACCGUUGUGGCGCCAAAAGGAAAAGCAGGAAAAAGUCCGCCAGGUACUCACGAAGAGGGUGAAAGUGAAGGAGAUGAGUAUUCAGACAGUGAACUGGAGGAGUUGGCUGAAGAAGUGGAACAGGUUGAGCAAACAGCACAACCGAGUAAGGUCCCAAAAACGGCACCGAAAGUCGAAGUGAUCACCGAGCUAGCCCCACCCGAUCCACAACUUUUAACACCGACAACAAACGGGAAUGAGCCAGUGAUUGCAUUGAUCGAUCCACAGCAACUUCUUACAAAUCCUCAAUAUUUGGAUGCUUUCGAUCGAGGGCUAAUUAAGAGGCAAUCAAAAGGGAAAUAUCAGCAUAUGAUGGUCGAUAUGUAUGGGAGGGGAAUCGGGAUUGUCGAUGAAACAGAAAUGAUUCUCCCUCGUCGUCGUAUCGGUGGCCCACAGCCGAGUCGUGAUCUUUCUCCACUUCUCUUUGAUAAGGCUAAGAAGUACAUCAUGAGAUAUCCGAAUGUUGCUCCGGAGGACAGUGAUGAGGAAUUGGAUGGGAAGAAAAAGAAGAAAAAGAAGAAAGAUGGAGAAAAACAAGCAUGGAGAGGAAUUGCGACACAUUCGAAGUCUCCAUCACCGACAAGGGGAUUUGCUGGCUCAGUACCUCCUAGAACACCACCUUUGUUGAAGAGUGACACUGAAGGUGAUGAGGAUGAGGAUGAAGAGGAAGAGGAAGAAAAUGAGCAAUCAAAGCCUCCCCAAAAGCCAGCUUUCACAUCUCCCACUCAACCCCAGCCAUCUCAACCAUCUCUCGCUACAAAUGGAAAGUUGGCUCAUCGUAUCCCAAAUGGACAUCGAAAGGAGUCCUUCACACACACAGCUCCCGCCUCCAUUCACACGUCACCCGAUUCCUCUGGAUCCGCUGUUGAAACGGAGGCGAAACCAAUGUACGGAAAGUAUAUUGUCACCGUUGCUGAGCUGAAAUCACCGAUUAGUAAAAUCUCAACCUCAUCAGUGACCUCACCAAUUACAAACGGAAACUACUCAACGAAUAAAGAGUCGAUCGUUCCGAAAGAGUACAAUCCAAUUCAUUUGAGCGCGAGUUCUCGGCUUUCUCAAGAGGGUGGAGUGAAUGGCGGAGGAGGACCCGGAAUGGGGAUUGGAGGGACUGGAGGAACUGGAGGGAUUGGAGGGACUGGAGGAACUAGAGAAACUGGAGGAACUGGAGGAACAGGAAUCACUGGAAUCACUUCUUCCACAAGACCUCGUCCUCAAGCAUACACAAGACGUGCAAUUUCUUCUGUUGGAGAUACAGCUGACCUCGUUGCUCACUAUCUUGGCACUGCGUCAGCUAUUGGAAUGCCUUCAGCCCUUUCACCGAAUCAUGGGUCCUCCUCUCGUCAUUUCCCUCCUUCAAAUGCCCUUUCAUCUGGUGGACGAAGUUUUGUCACUCAUCGUCGUCGAGAUUUUGGAUUGACAACAAAAGAAACAGAAAAGAUUGGACAAGAGAUUGGACAAGAGAAGGAGAAUCGAGAAGAAGAGAAAAGAGACGAUGGAAUGGAGAAACAGCAAGAUGGAGAUGGAGAAGAUGGAGGAGAAAAGGGGACAACUGGCAAACAUUCAUGGGAAUCCGCGGCUGCAUAUAUAAGGAGAAAGAAUCGAGAGAGAAGGAUUAGAAAUCGAACGAUUGGUGAUCCGGAGGAUGUGCUACGCGCACUCAGCGGAGUCGAUCUAUCAAGCGAUCUAGGACGAAAUGAUUACUCAUCGGGUGCAUCAGCUUACGGUGGGACGUCUGGUGGAUAUGUGUCAACUUACGGAGACCGAAGCCGAGCUAGGGACUACUCACCGGAAAGAGAUUAUCAGUACUCGGGGGCCCGCGGCGGUACUUCGACGCACGCGACUCCGACGAGCUCUCGGAAAUUUGAAGAGGACUCAAACGCAGCUCCGUGGAACAUCAACCGUUUCGAGGUGUACAAAACGAGAGCCGAGAGAAAUCGUGAUCACGCGCCGCCACCAAGUGCGGCAAGUUCGUAUUCUCGUGGCUCGCUCUAUCCAUCGACGGGAAUCGACCGAAAUUUGAGCACCUAUUCAGCUUCUCCGUCAUCAUAUGUACCGCCAUCAUCCACUACAUAUCAGUCAUCAUACAGCGGAGCAUCAUAUACACCAAGAAGUCCAUACGAGAAUGCAACUGCUGGUGGAUAUUCGACUGGGGCAACAAGGAGAAAUUUCGACUAUGAGAGAUCGUUGACACCUGGUGGAAGCGAUGGUCUACAACUGUCCACUGCAACGGAUACAAGCAGUGCUGCCUCUCGUCGUGGAGUCCCGCGUCGUGUUCAUUCGGCUCUCUCCGAACAGGAUCGACGCAACUAUGCGAGAAGUCGAUCAACUGAUAGAGCUCGCGUUGAUCUUGAUCAUUUGACUGGUCCCCUCUCCGGUGUUCGUUCUCGUUUGGUGACCCCUGAAUUGUCAGCUGUCUCUGAACAUCCUGGUGGAUAUACUUCAUCGCAUACUUACGGAUCAUCUAAUUAUGGCAGUUCUUAUGGAGAUCAUGGCUAUGGACAUGAUAGGGAGAGUCUGCCGAGAGAUGAUAAACCGAGAAGCAUUUUGAAGACUAAGAAUGAUCCAGAUGGUGGAUCAUCGGGUAGCGGUGGUGGAGUGAGAGGAGUGAUUGAGAGACUUCGACGACAUCUCAGUCUUGAGAAAACACAAAGCCCACCGCCUAGUGCUUUUCCGUCUACAGAAGCCGCGAAAAAGAAGCGUUCAUCGAUAGAUAUGAACAGAAGGAAAACGAGUGAGCUCCGAUUGGGAGCUGAGGGAACGAUCAACACAAUUGGAUACUCGGAUUCAAGUGGAUACAAGAGAUCCAGUCCACCAAGGGACACCUCAAAAGGGCUCUCGUGGAGAACCGAACCAUCAACAACGUCCACUGAUUAUCCGUAUCUUGGAUCAAGCUCUCGAUACGAGAGCUCAUCAGCGGGCGACAAAUAUGCGACUGGAAGCUACACGAAUAGCUCCACAAAGCCGACAACAACGACGACAACAAGGGAAACUGCAUAUGUGCCACAGUAUAGAAAAUAUCCAGGCUCAUCAACGGGUCGUGACUCAUCAGCUCUCAAUCGUUAUUCCUACACUCCUGGCGCUACACAACGAUACACAUGGUACGAUGAUCCGAAUAUUUAC